CUUCUAGGUUGGAUUGGAUAAUUUCCUUGUCGGUCACUGUAUUUAUUUAUAAAAAAAAUCUUAAAAUGUAAUUACAAACAGUAUUACUUGUAUAUUGGUAUACUGUAUUAUAUACGGACAGUGGAAUUAAAAAACAUUGUAUAUUUGGAUACACUAAGACAAGUAUAACGCUCCCAUAAUACCGUGCGGGUUGGCAGACGUUGUGGUUAUGUUUGUUUUCUAAUAUGGCUACGUCUGGGUCAGAGGAAGACGUUUCCAUAAAGUUGCCCUCUUCAGUUAAUAGCAAAAGAGAGGGUCAUUGUAGUUCUGUGAAGGAAAAAAGGUCUGGUGGGACCUUGGCUAAAAUAGCUAAGAACGGCAAUAAGAUGCAAGAGAGAAAGGGUGAGGCUGGCGGCCUUACGAGCAGUGAGAGUUCAUCUAGUUCAGCGACAGCCACCUCCGAUGAAGGUAGUUCCAAGGCUUUAAACGCUUUUAAGAAUGAUGGCAGUUUCUUGGAGUUCUUCAAAAAGAAAAUGGAAGAGGAGGCCAGACGGAAGAAAGAACAGUGUGAGGCGGCAGAUGAGGGAGACAGUGGUAGCCAAGGCGACGGAGAAGCUGAACGUGAAGACGAGCAGCAGAAGACUCCGACUGACAAACAGGAAAAGAAAAAGAGCACACUUCACUUUGUGGGCAAGCGGAGAGGAGGGGCGAAGCUAGCCCUCAAGACUGGAGCGGUAGCCAAGAAGCAAAAAGUUGAUGAGGAGAUCGUAUCAAGUAAAGAUGAUGCUUGGGCCAAGUAUUUGGCAGAAGUGAAAAAAUACAAAGCUCACCAGUGCAGUGAUGACGACAAAACCAGACCCCUUGUGAAGUAACGGACAUGUGCCACCAUGAUGCGUACUGCUCAAGGCAGUAGACUGGACACUGAACACUGCCCUAGUUGACUGAUUGUAAAUUUGUUUUUACUUGCUUCUGAAACAAAGAAUGCUCAAUGAAUGAGUCUGUGGGCAGCAAAGGCUGCAUCGUGAUUCUGUGGCAUAACGUUUUUCUGUAGCUGGCUAGUGAUUUCUGUGUUAGUGCCAGCUCUCGGAUAGUGAGGAGUCUUGUACCUGAAUCGCUUGGUUGUUUGGGACUGGAUGGAUGGUGGUAUAACGUGUUUUUAGAAGUCUGUCACCCCAUAAUAAGCUUAAGUGACAGAACUGUUGGAAUAUUAACCCCAUAGCUGCUUUAUGGACUGGGAUUAGAACAAGUGUCAUUCCAUCUGACAACAUUUAGAUUGCACCUCGUAAGAAAACAAUUUGUCAGUGUCUUUGAUUGCAGGAGCAAUGGGCACACUUCUCAGUGAAACGAAAAUCGGAGUGUUGGUUUUAAUUGUAGCCAGUGGUCUUGACCUGUGAGAUUGUUUUUUUGGGUCAGAGCAAGAACAUAGUACUGAGCUGAAUUUUGGGAACUGGGGCUUGUUACAGUCUGUUAGUGGUGCAUUCCUUAACUAGCUUACUUUAAAGAAGCCUUCUUUGUUGAGUUACUUUUUCAAAAAUGUUUAGUAUUUGGAUGUAGGUCUUCAUAUUUCUUUAUUGCAGUGCCUAACCCCAGUGUUGAACUACAAGGUACAGUUCUUCAUGUUGACUUCUGUCCCUGCUCUUUUUUUGCUUCAGUGCCUUUUGUGACGUCAUGACCACUUCCCGUUCCCACUACACCCCUCACAUUGCUCGAAGUAGGUUUUGUGCUUGGUGAUAUUUACUUAUUUAGCAGGAAUACUAGUUUCAGUACAAGUGUCCUCUUGAUACUUGGCUAAAAGCUCCAUUGCAUUACAGAUCUGAUGCAACAAAUUAAGUUUAAGCAUUUUUGAGAGUAUACCCACCACUUAAUUCUAGUGCAUGUACCAUUGCCUUUUAAUACCUGAAUGUAGGGUGCCCCCCUAGACUCUCCUAUUCCUUGUCCCGCCCCUCUUCUGUGGGGGAGUGGGUCAUUACCUGACCCCCCCCCCCUCUGUAGGAGCACACAUUCCUUGAUUUGGUGGGGAAUCUGUAUACCCCCUGGAGGUAAAAAUGUAGAUGGUCGCCUCCCUUCCAGCACCUACUCGGGCACAGUGCAGCUUUCAUCUAGAUACAGUGUACUUGUACUGGAGUUGAGAAAAAAGGGAGGAUUUGUACAUGCCUUUCUGAGCUUGGGUUUCGAGCAGUGUGGGUUAAUCCCCUGGUUUUACAUCGAUAGUCCUGUUUCAGUUCGUUUCCUAGAAACUGAUGUGGCUCUGGGCACUCCAGUUUUUUUUUUCCAGUGACUGAGUACAUUAGAACUUUGUGGCAUGAAGUGCAGCUACUGUAAGCAGUACAGUAAAUGUAUAUUUUUAGCCUCCCUAUGCAGCAGCCUGUUGUGCUGUUUGGUUCUUAAUGCAAGUAAAUUUUUAUCUGAAUAUGCUUGAUGCCAUUUUGAGAAUUUGAAAUGUCUUAAAACUAUUAGUUUACUCUUGCCUCUGUUUCCUGUGUCCCGUGCUGUAGAAAAUAUCCCUUCCACCCUUGGAGUUCAUUCUGGUUGCAGCCAUUAACCCACUUUGGGUUUUUUAGGUUUACAGAACCACAUUUUUUGAUGCUGCUCAUUUGCAUAAAAAGUCUGAACUAAUUUGCUGCCAUGUGUAACUUCAGAAGAAUCGUAUGGCUGGGUUGUGAUUUUUGGCUUAUUUGUGCAGUACAAGUUUAGCUAGUCUCUUCGGUGCCCUGUGGAAUACUCGCCUAGUGGAUGCAUAUAUUUUUGUAUUGUGCUUCCACCCAUGGGAAACGCCUGUCUCAUGCAUUGCUGCCCUUUUUCACUAUUUUCACAUUCCUGAAUAUUCUUCGUAGCAGUCCUUUAUGUGUUGGGAGUUUAGAAGUUAGGUACACUUCAGCUUUUUAGGCAUAUGGGUAUGUGCAUCGUAGUGUGGCAGUCAUUAGUUUCUUUUUUCACAUGUACUGGUGCAGCACAGCAAGCGAGUCUCCAUUUCAGUUCUUGACUAAGAUGGCAUCAUUGCAGGAUUUGCAUGGGUUUUCUGGGUUCUCAGGUUUCCUUCCACAUUACAAAGAGAGAAAGGUGGAUUAGACACAAAUGGUCAUAGGUCUGAGUGUGCGUGAAUGUGUGGUGUGAAAGAACAAAAGAUUCUGUGCUAGCCAGCUGGUGUUGUGGACAUUGGCUAUAGAUGGUCAUUGUUGAAGUGACUCCCUGACCCUGUGUACAGAAAUGAAGAAAAAGUGGUGAUAGGUAGGCAGAUGCAUGGUGCAGCACUUCCAGCUUCAUGCCGAUUAUUAUUCUGUGUGUUGAGUGUCCUAGGUUGUUAUGCUAUUGCAGCUGCUAUGUCUCCCAUAAAUUUAAUGGGGGACCAGAUCUUUGGUGCUAGGCAGUAGCACUAGAUGGUUUAGAUGUAUAAACUUGUUUUGGGAGGCUUUGUUCUUUGCUGUAAUGCACCAUUCUUCUCCUUUCUACUACUUUUGAAAGUCUUGAGAGGAAGUACAUUACCUUGAGCUUUUCUCCUUUAAUGUUAUGGUAGUUCUUUUCUGUGGUCUGAGUUGCAAGCAUCUGUAUUGUCUUGCUUUUUGCUUUUGUUGGUAACUUGAGGAGAAGACAUCCCGUGCAGAUCUGCAUUUUACUUGAAGCUAGAUAAUUGUAUUUGAUGGUUUCCUGUUGGAGAGGAAAGUGCAGUAACUUGGAGAUUUGUUUUUGUUUAAAUGUGGGCAGAAUCUAGUAUGAAACUGCAAGUUUAGUUUGACAGUGGACUGAUUUUCUAUGUUGGCUAAUGACUUGUAAUUUUGACAUUACUGGGGAGAUCUUUUGGCUUGUAAUACUGUAUACAAUUAUGCUUUAGUUUGUGGUACUGUAUGCAGUUAAUGUGCUGUUUGAGUUGGCAGUUUUUAAAACUGAGAGAUUGAAACCGAAGGAAAAAAAUUUUUAGAUGGUACCUUUUUGUGAUUAAACCGUGGUAAAAUUGUUGACAGCAUGAUUGUGAACUAGCUUUAACUUUCUAGUAUUAAUGUCAUUUGGGGGUGCAGCUUAUUCCAUAUCAGUAGAAUUGCAUGCUCAUCAUUUGAGGUUUUCUUGGGGGGGGGGGGGGGUUGUUCUCUCUAUGCUGGGAGCAGAAGUUUGAUAUUUAGGAAGCUGCCCAUAGAAUCUCAUUUGUCCACCUGUAUGAAAACGCUCCCAAAAGUGGCUUGAUGGGCCGUUGUUUAAAGUAGGAAGAAGGUAAGCUUUUAAGACUGGGUGAGUGCAGUAGACUCAUUUUUAAAGCUACAAGGCUUAAUAGCGGAGUGUUACCAACAAGUGAAACAUGGCCAUGGAAGCUUGUUAUAGCCAGUUUUGAGGGUGGCUUCUGUGGCUUGUAUAAAAGGGAGUUCGCAGAAUGUUGUGGUCUUAAUGGGUGGUUGAGAUGACCAUUCUCUUAAGCUACUAGCAGUCUUCUCUCACGUACAUGGGUCUUGUUUCCUCCCUUUGUGCAUAUAUGAUGGGGUAGAGGCAUGACUUUAUGAAUGGUAAUUGUUAAAAUCUGAGAUUGUUUGCAGAUCCUGCCUUGACAAAAAAAAGCAUUCAUAAUGUUUGGCUUCUUGGAGAUUUAUAAUUGUUUUUUUAACUGAGGAGAAAACCUUUCCUCAAAUCUGCAAGUAAAGCAUUUAAACUAAACUUUUUUCCCCAAAGUAUAUUGAAGCCUUUUUUACAGUACUGUUGGGGUGUUUUUCCCUGUGUUGGCAUAUAGUAGCACUGUACUGUGUGCGUUCUGUCAAGCUCUUCCUCCUAGAGGUCUCAGUAUCUAAGGUAGUGAACCCCAACUAUAGCACAGUUGAGCAGUCAUCCAGGCAGCCAUGGGAGCAAUUUGUGCCCAUGCAGAUGCUUUUUGGCUGCUGUUAUGAGUGUUGUGUCCAAAUAGCUUCAGGGGUUUGGUUUCAUUCCAACCCCAAGGUAAGGGCCAUCACUGCUUCGGGACCAAUUUAAUUGUCCCCAUGCUAAGGAGCCACAUGGAAGCAUCUUGUCUCUUACAGCUCUCCCAUUUAGAGCUUUAGCUAUCAGGAUGGUUAUUUUUGUAACUCACUUCCUGGUGGCUGAUAUGAUUAGCUGCCAUCACUGUGGGGACCUCUACCAGUUUCCCAGGUGUUCAUAUGCUCCCACACACGUCCUAAGGGCUACCGUCACUAGUUUGAGUGCUACAUCCACAUUUUCCUUUGUUGUACAAAAUUUUGCUCUGGCCACUAAAAUUACAAUCUGCCCCCAGUACCUCAAGUGGUCACCCUGUAAACUCUAUCCAUCCUCCUCUUGCUUUGCACUUCCAGUACCUGAGCCACUACUGGAAUUGUGGUGGUUUGGGUCACACUUGAGGCUUUAUUCUGCACCGUGGAGCUGGAUUGUUAGUGGCACAGCAUGUUUGACCAGAAUUACCAGUCAGCCUUCCCUGCUGUGUCAGCAUGUCCACAUUUGUAAUGCAAAUAUGAAUGUCCUUGUUAAACACUACUGUUGUGUAAAAGGUACUUGUUUGUCUGUGUAAGUUUGAAGUCACUGCUUUGUGUACAAAGAAAUCCACUUCCUUGAUUAUGGAAGUUCUGUAAUCUCUCUAGCAUUGAAUGUGCUAUUUUAAAGUGCACAAUCCAGCAUUGCACAUUUCAUGACAGCUGGUUGCCUGUGCCCUGUAUUGACCCAUGUGUGCAUGCAGCAUAAGCUGUUUAAUAUUUCCUUUCCUUCAGUAUUUAGUGCCAGCUGUAAAUGCGUUUACAUCAUAAUUGAUGUUUUAAGACCAGAGGUUUUGAUUUGUACCCUACUUUGAUAGUGUUAUCUUGAUCAUGCUGGGAGUAUGUUAAUGUAGAGCUUAUUAGUUUGAUUUGGAACAUUAUUGGCCUACAGGUGCUGGCUGAAGCUUGCUGUCGAGAGAGACUGGUAUGUGCUGGGGGAGUACACUAACUUCAGAAGGGGAUUGGCAGCAGGUAUUUUUCAAUUGGAUAUUUUUGGAAUGGUCAGGAAGUGGUUCCAAGCUACUUUUACUUGGCCUGACCGGGGUUUCAUAGGUCCAGAAUAGGUGUAGUAGAUAUGGACGAUGGGUGCAGUCUUGUGUGUGAAUUGUACUGUUAGUUGCUAGUUUCUUUAAAAUUAUAUGCAAUGCAUGAAAUCGCCAGCAGUGUGUUGUGCAUUAUAGUCAUCUUUGUACAGCAGUACUGUAAAAAGCUGCGGUUUUGCAUUUGACAGAUGGUAACCUGCAUGGUAGCAACUGUCUAAAUAGGAUUAUGCCAUCACAGGUCUACAAAUAGUCUGUGUAACUUGCAGGCUCCGAGACUUUAACUUGUUCUCUGCAGUAGCUGCAAGGCAAAAGUGUGUGGUUUAUUUGGCUCUUGAUAAACCCGUAUUAUAUGAGCCUGCCCAGCAGUAGUUUGAUUAGCUGGCAGAAAUGGCUAUGAGAAAUGUUCUGUGAAAAUGUUUUACCUUGCAAAAUUUAUAAAUUGAUCAUUCAGACUUUUCAGUGGUGAUUUGCCCUCUGGUUUUGUCUGCCAGGGUAUUUUUGAAGUGUAUGUUGUGUUGCUGUUCUGUCAUUCUUUGACUUGGUGGCAUCUGGUGGUCCAGCUGUUUGGAUGGGAAAGUGUCAUUUUGCAUGAGCAUUUAUAAUCCUGGCUGCUACUUGUCUCAUCACGGAGGUGUUCUUUAGGUUACUCUUGGUGAUCAGAAUAUGCUCAAAAUGGAGUUGUGGAGAAUUUUACUUUUGAGUACUCAGGAUGUACACUGAUUUUUAAUGGCCUUUUAUUGAAAAGAAAGAAAUUACAAAUACCUUGAAAUUAUUGUGAUUAAGAAAUCUGACAUAAUUUUCCAGUGUGCAGACUCAUGACCAGAAUAUUUCUAAUAACAUUGUGUAAAACCAUUGCACCUGAUUGCUGUCCUAAACUUGUGUGGGGAUAAUAAACCAGAAUGGAUGGAGAUACUUUAUCAGGAGUGUUCCUCUCUCUAAGUGGAAGGCAGAAUGAAAACCAGUUUUCAUAGCUGUGUGGAAGCCUUUUAAAUCCCCUUAAAAUUCUUGGCAAAGGUAGCACUUAGGAAGUACUUGCAGACUUUCUUGUUGGCAUUUCACGAGCACGGUCUUUAAGUGUAGCUUGUUCAUAGAUGUGAACCUAAUGCAAAAUGUGAUGCCUAAGCAGCACCUUUAAAUCGGUACCCUGGAUUCUUGCUCCAGAAGAGCCCAUGUAUGGGUGGUGUAGUUAAGGGCCAGUCUUAACUGGUGUUUGUUUGAAACUGAGGUUUAUGUUUGGCUGCUGCUGCAAGCAAGUCCUCAUAUUUGAGAAAUAGAGGUGAAAGUCCAUUGUAUGUGAUAAGAUGAACCUUAUCAUAGUUUGUAGUACAAAGUGCUUUAUCUGCUUAUUGUAUUACUUGCAUAUAGUUGGGGGGGGUACAGUAGAGAAACAGUGGCGGCAUCAUGUGGUUGUCCGUAGUGCCUAGUACUUCACAUACUUAUUCUCUCUUGUAGUAGGCUGAAGUCUUCUAAUGCUUUGAAAGCUGUAACUCACUCAUACGUAAGAGAAUAAGUAAUGUGAAGUCUUCUAAUGCUUUGAAAGCUGUAACUCACUCAUUACUGCCUCACUGAUGGUGACCAAGAAACAAAGCACUUCUUUGAUCCCAUUACAGCUUCGCUUCAAAAGCUGUACUACACUUCAUGAUGCUGCCACAUUUAUACGUGGCAAUGUCAAGUGUUAAGGUUUUAAAGCCGUUUCAGCUUCCCAUUGAUGUGGCUGCUGUUUUGUGAUCUAGGUUGAGAACAGUUGGUGUAGCAGUGCUGAAAGGUGCUUAAGCUCCUUUCUGAUGCUGUCUUAAACUGGGGAAAAGAAGUCUGUUAAAUUGAGUAUUUGGAACUCCAUGCAUUAGUAAGAUUUUAGUGCUGGACCCCCCCCCCAUUUUCCCUAUAUGUAUGUCACAGCAUGUGGAUUUGAAUAAACAUUUCUAAAUCCGUUUAGCUGACCAACUUAAAGUAGCGAUAACAGCCUCUUCCAUCACUCUAUAAAGUACAGGAAUGUUAGACUUUUUUUGUUAGUUUCUUGUUGAGCCACGAGUAUUCAUAUUUCUAGCAAACUGAAGUUGAAAACAUUGCCACUCCUAAAUCACUUCUCCACAUUUGCUGUUGCAUGGAAAGAAGCAGGACAGCUCUGAACACUCUUCUUCCCCCCACCAUGAAAGCCCUGUACCACCUACCCAAAAAAAUGUAUAUCCAUUCCACGGUGGCUUAACACUGAGUAAGAGAAGUCCCUAAAAGAGCCCAUGGCAGUCUGGGGCUGUCACUUGGGUCACUGUAGCAUGGGCGAGCAUGUGAUUUCCAAGAUGAUUUUAAAUGGGCAACCACUUAAGUAUUGUAGUUUAACUUUAAAGGAUUUAAAAAAAAAAAAAUACCGCCUUGUCUUAUUUUUGUACAGUCUUGCACACUUUGCUCUGCAGGUCUCUGGAAGACAGCAAAAUGCUUGGUUAAACUUUGAUUUGCCAUGAUCUUGAAAACCUAGUAUCUGCUUUAUUUUAUUGACUGUUUUAUGAAAUGUGGUCAGUAAAUGGUAUAAUAACCACAA